UUUUUUAAAGAACAACCAAGGAAAUUGCGAAGAUAAACGCCCUUAAAAUGGCAAAAAAGAGUAGUAACAUGAUCUUCUAUUUGACAUUUGUGAUAAUAGCUGGAUGUGCUGUGUGCAUCUGGAGGUUCUCCGGCUUCAAUCAUGAGCCGGGCAAGUUUCACAAGAUCCUGGUGGCUUUUUUGGCAGUGACGCUGAUUCGGCUUCUGAUUUUCACGCCCAUCAAAUUCGUGAUCAUGGCCCUGGAUGCCGCCUGUUGGCCGCCUCAUCAGGCUCCAGUUACGCUCGACGAAGACGUGAAGGUUGAGACAUUGAUCGACAGCCUAAGACUCAAACUACGGACAUUGCGGAGUGAGCUGUUGGUCACGGAAAGCCAUCGAAAUGAGGCGAUUAACCUGAAGUACCGGCUGAUCAACGAAGAACUCUGUCUGACGGGCAAGCUGUUUCUGGGAGGUCUUGGCAUGAUUUUGGUCAUAUUUGAUGAGAAUCUCUACUAUAACACUGACACAGUGAACUAUCUAUUUAAGCAAAAUCACAAAAAUACGAGCGGACUAUCGACAUUGUCCACGCUGCCGCAUGUAUAUAAGUUCAUAGAGUACUCCCUGAUCCGGGCCUUCACGGACAAGCACAACACGGCUGGCGGAGCUCCCUGGGUGAAUGCCGAGUCCGUCAGAUUGCUGGGCGUGGUGCGAUUGAGGCAGCUGCGGACGGAGGACACCCACAUGGGUCUCCGGACUCCGGUUCUAACUUCGAGGGACUAUUUGGCGGGCUGGCAGUUGCCAUAUGUCCGUGUGCCAUAUACGAACAAGUUCUGGCCCAUCUACCGGCCCUGGGUGGCGAGUGUUUUCCACUUUCGGGACAUACUCAUGGGCUUCAGUCACUACGGCCAUUUCAUCUCGUAUCCGGAAAAUAUGGGCUAUCUAUGCCUGCUCUCGGACACGCGUAUGAAAAGCCUGAUGAUACUCGAAUAUUUGCAUAAGAAGAAGUGGCUGGAUCGGAAUACGAGUGCUCUGUUCAUGGACUUCACGUUGUACAAUGCGGACGCGAACAUCUUUAGCGUGUGCACACUGUGGGUGGAGCAAUUCCCCUUGGGGAGCAUUCACUACCACAUAGAAGUCCAAAGCAACGUUUUCGUGGAGCAAAUGGAGCAGAUCACGGCCCUCGGAAUGCUGAUGCUAUUCAUUUUCGUCAUCAUUUGGCUGCAGUUCGCCAAGGCGUUUUUCGUCAAGGUCUGGUAUGAGCCAAAUCUGCUGAAGACCUUGUGGGUCCUGGUGGAUGCCACGAUCGUGUUUCUCAGUCUGGUUGUGGUAGUGAUUCAUGGGUUCCGCGACAACCUGGUCCAGAAUAUGUUACAGCAAGUGGAACUCUCUGUGCUGAUGAAAUUCAUUGAUUUCAGGGAGCCUUCGCGACUCACCUACUUUGCCGAUGUCUUUAAAGGAUUCGCACUGGCUCUGGUCACCAUGCGGUUGUGGAAAGUGAUGCAGUUUAGCGGCACCUUUCAGCUCUUCACCGAAACCCUCUAUAACACCUGGAGAGCGCUGCUCUGGACGAUCAUUAUAACCAUCAUAUUUAUUGCCUCUAUCGGCAUUGCAGCUGUCGCAAUCAAUGGCACUAACACAAUGCACUUCAGUAAUCUGCCCUCAGGCAUUGUUUCGGUCGUUUGCUUUGUCUUUGGCUACACUAAUUUAGUUGGACCAAAAGAUCUAUUCUACGGUGGCAAGUGGCUGGGCAUUAUCUUAUAUGCCAUGCUGGGCUUUGUGGUCAAGUUCCUGCUAAUCAAUUUGAUUGUGUCCCUGCUGAGGGCUCAACUGAUGAGUGCCAAAGUGAAAAGGGAUCAUAAGGUACUGCAUAGCAUAUCGUUUCUUCAAUUUCUUCGCGUCGAGUAUGCUGACUUAAUUAAUUUCAUUAUGAAAGCAACUCGCUUCCAAAAGCGGUAUAAACGAAAAAAUCGCACAGUGGCUGAGAAUAUCCAACGAAAACUGGAUGAGAGGCUGGAUAGCCAGGAUUAUAUGAAAAGUAUUAGACAUAGGAAGACAGAUGAGGAAUUGAUUCAGUUGAGAUAUAGAGAGCGUAUCGAGCGCACCUUAACUUUGGCCAAAAUUCUUCAGACGCAAAUGGAACUGAUUGAGAGGCUUAAGUUUGGAGAUGAGGAAGGAAAUCUGCCGAAUUUGGUCGAAGCUGAGGAGCCUGGUCCGUCGAACUGA